AUGGACUCAAAGUACCACGUAGUCUGCGCUCCCACGCGACUCACGUUGACUAGCACAGCAGGUCCGCGUGGCUCAGAAUGGCGACGCGGGGUAUCUAGCUUCACGUCGCGGGUGUUCCGCCUUAAAUGGUCCCGGCAGUCAGAGGAUAGUAACCAUUUGCUUCGCAAUAAGAAGGUUAGCCCUCCGCCGUCACCAGUCUCCGAAAAAACUUCUAAGUGGGCCCGCACCUCCCCUACCCGCCUACGCCGUUUCUCCCGCCUUGCCGUCCUCGCCGUCGCUUUUCUCCUCGCUCUUUUUGCAGUCAUCGAUCUGACAAGAUUAGCCCUAACAGACGGCCCUGAUGAAGAGGGUUUUUUCUCCUCGCACGCUACCAGCCGAUGGAGUCCCCAAUUCAGAUCGCGCUGCUCGAAGCGCUGCUCGCGCCGCGGCACGUGCAACGAGGAGCUCGGUCGCUGCGACUGCCCUGCGGGGUUCACGGGCGGCGCGUGCGAGGCCGAUGCCUUCCCCUCCUGUGAGCUUGCGCCGGGCUUCCGCACGCCGUGCGCGUUCCCCUCCACCUGCGAAUGCGCGCGCGAGUGCCGCGCGUUUCAUCUCAUCGGCCCCGGCGCGGUGUGCUUCAACGCCUCCCCCAACGCCUCUGCCAUUCCGCCACGCUCGCUGGCGGACAUCUUCCGCGCGGAGGUCACGACAGUGGGCGCAACGGAAGGGGGGGAUGAGGCAGAAUGGGGGACCCUGGGAAUAGAGGAGGGGGGAGCGCAGACUGGCUCGGGGAACGGCGCAGUUGCAUCCGCGGUAGUGGCUGGAGGGGCAUCCACCGGUCCACGCGGGCCAAGCAGAUUUCACAGCAACGAUCUCCCCGCGUUGCGCAAGAGCUCGCGGAGAUGGGACGGAGGGCGCAAUGCACGAUGGAGAGGGGCGGGCGGAAGGGACAUGCCGUCAGGGGGCGCUCGGAACGACUGGGGAAGUUCGGCUGGCGUGGGGGCAGCGGGCUUAGGGGAGAGAGAACGGGCAUCGCGCGGGCGGGUGGCGGGCGGAGCGCAGAAGCAGAUGUGGGCGCGGUACACGUGGCAGUUGCGGAAGCGAUACACGGACCCGCGGGAGUGCCCCCUGGGGUGCUCUGGUCGCGGGCUGUGCCGUGACGCGUCCAAGACGUGCGAGUGCGUGCCCAUCGUCCCGCCAUUUCCUAUCAUCCCCAAGCUGAUGAUCGCUCUGCCCUCUGAUUCAAGUAGAAUGCAAAUUUCAAGCAUUCGCGCCCUUCACUCUGCUCCGUUUGUCGCUCCCCUCUCUUCACCUCUCCCCGCUCUCCUGCUCUCCCGCCUUCCCGCUCCUCCGCUCCCCCCUCCCUUCUCCACCAGCUGCGCGUGGCGCUACGCGGGGCCGGGGUGCGAGGAGGAGCUCGCGGGGGGUGUGCGGUGCGUGAACGAGUGCAGUGGGCGCGGCAGGUGCGACGGUGGCACGUGCGCGUGCCAGCCUGGCAGCUUCGGCAUUGACUGCUCGCUGUCUUUGGAUCCCAGCACGGGAAACAUAAGAUGGCCGCCCCAGUCCCCGCCCUUCCGGGCGGCGCUACAAGACAAGAAUCCCCGCCCACGGGUGUACGUGUACGAGCUCCCCCCAGAGCUGAACACGUGGCAGUGGGAGCAUUCGGGCGCACUGGACCGCCCCGAGGGGGUGGUGUUCCUGGAGAGGCUGCUGGCGGAUGGCAGACGCACAGCGGAUGGCGAGCAGGCAGACUACUUUUAUGUGCCGCUGGUAACCAGUGGUAACCAGGUGAGGUGGGGCAGUGGUUACCAGGUGAGGUGGGGCAGUGGUUACCAGGUGAGGUGGGGCAGUGGUUACCAGGUGAGGUGGGGCAGUGGUAACCAGGUGAGUGGUGGUGGGGCAGUGGUUACCAGGAAUCGCGGGCAAAUGAGCGUGAGCAUGGGGGGCAUGGGGGCAAGCAUGGGGAUGGGCGCAUAUGGUAGCACAGCAAUGGCGGGGUGGGACGCCAUUGACGCUGCAGUGGCAUACAUCAGCCACCACUGGCCCUUCUGGAACAGGACAAACGGCGCCGACCACGUCUUCCUGCUCAACGGCGACUGGGGGGCGUGCGAGAUGCGGCCAAGCGGGUGGGGUGGCAGAGGAGCAGCGGAAGGUGAGGGGGAAGGGAUGGUUCUGCAGAGGCAUCCGAGGCUGGAGCGAGCUGUGGUGCUGACGCCCUGGGGGUAUGGGGGAGGGACGGGAGGGGCGGGAGGUGCGGAUGACAGGAUAGGCGGGGCAAGGGUGGGGAAAUGGGCGCAGAUACAUCAGGGGGAGCAGCAGGGGCGCGGAGGGCAGUGCUUUAUUCCCGGACAAGACGUGGUGAUCCCCCCGCUGCUGCCCCCCUCCAUGGUGCUCGCCUCUCCCUUUGUGCGCGAGCCCCUUGAAGGCACCCCCGACCGCAACACUCUGCUUCUCUUUGUUGUUCGGGGGACGAGGGGAAGCGGAGGGGCAGGGGCAGUGGCAGGGGCGGGGGCAGGGGGGAGGAUGGGCAAAGCAGGAAAAGCAGAGGGGGUGUGGAGUCCGGGGGCCGGGGCGGGUAUAAGAGCUGGGGAAGCGAUGGGAGGAGGCGAGUGGGUGGGGAGGCCUGGAGGCGACUGGGCCACGGUGCACAGGGACCCACGUGCUGCUUCGUUGUCGGCCUCGAGUCUUGUAUCGAAUGAGCCUGAAUCGAGUAUAGGUGUGCGGUUUGUGCAGCUCUUCUCCCACCGGCAGCAGCAGGUGGGGUUCCGGAUCAUGCACGUGGGCGCACAGCGCACGGGGGCAGCACAAGAGGAGCAAGACAGGAACUGGGACGAGGCAGGGGAGGCAGGGAUGGAAGGGGUGGAAGGGGAGGAAGCGGAGGGAGAGGAGGAGAGAGAGGAGGGCACGGUGACAGACGCCAUGCUGCGGGCGCAGUUCUGCUUUGCACCCAUGCCCGCCACGGGCUACAGUGACACGGUGGUGCGGGCAGUGCUCCUCGGGUGCAUCCCUGUGGUCGUCCAGCCCCACAGCCAGCAGCCCCUGGCCAGCACUGAGUUCCUCCCCGGCUAUGACACCCAUGCCAGCGCCAGCGCACGCACAGGCACAGCAGGAGCCAUCCACUGGCCGUCCCUGGCGCUCUUCCUGUCUCCCCAGCAGCUGCCAGAGCUCCCGGAGAUACUGCGAGGCAUCACUCCAGAAGAGGUGGCUGGGCGCCGCACUGCCAUGAAGGCCGCCUGGCCGCGCCUGCUCUGGGCCUCGCCGCUCUACAGCCCCCUCUCUCCCUCCCCCUCCUCCUUUUCUUCUUCUUCCUCCUCUUCUUCCUCCUUCGCCUCCUCAGCCUCCUCCUCCCCCCCCACGCCCUCCAGUCUGCUGUAUCUGCAGAAGAAGCUGCGACCUCUGCUCGCCUCCUCGGAUGCUUUUUCUUCCGUCAUGGCUGCUCUCGGGCGGCGGGUUCGGGCAGCUGAAGUUUCGGCUGGUCAGGGGAUGGUGACGCUGCCAGCGGCAGUUGGGCAGGUUGUACCUGGUGGGGGACCCAACGUUGUGUUUUCCCGAGCAAGCAAGAUGGCGGGGGGUGGGGAAGCAGGGGGGUACAGGCAGGGGGUUGGGUGGGUGGGGCGAGGAGGGGGAGCGUGGGGGAAAGGGAGGGGGACUGGGGGGAAGAGAUGGUACACGGUUGGGGGAGUGGUGGUGGAAGAGGAAGAGGGCAAGCACUGCCACGUGUUGGCCAUGCCCAGCUGCCAGCUGGCGCCGGACGUGUGGACGCCGUGCCACGUGGCGACAUCAUGUGCGUGCGUGAGGGAGUGCGAUCGGUACCGACUGGAGCAUCUACCAGAGUGCUUUGAUGAGAGCGGGGCGCUCAUGGGGGGGAAUGAUACCGCUGCUGCUGCUGCUGGUAGUGGUGCUGGUGCCAGUGGUGGUGGUGGUGGAGUCAACAGCAGCAGAGCGGGCAAUUCCUCUUCCUUUUUGACUGCUGUGGUGGCUCGUGGUGGAGGGGUGAGAGACGCCCUGAUUGGCUGGAUCAAGGGCAGCAACAGCACAAAAGAGGUGGGAGCCGGGCAAGUAGGGGUGGCAGGAAAGGAGGCGGGAGGGGAGGGGGAGGAGGGGGAGGAGGGGGAGGAGGGGGAGGAGGGGGAGGAGGGGCAGGAAGGGGACGACGAGCCCAAGGUCAAGGAAGAAGAGGCAUGGGGUGACUUUCCUGGAAGGCGCGGGCCGUGGGUGGACGUGGCGAGGCUGUAUGAACAGAGGCAGGUGGCGCUGGUGCUGGAUGGGCGGGGGAAUGAGGUGGGGCCUGGGGAGACAGUGCGCGGAGGGGGCGGGGGGGAUGCGGAGGGAAGGGAGGAGGACGGAGGGGGGUUUGGGGCGCCGCACGAGUGCCCGUAUAACUGCUCGGGCGUUGGCGUGUGUGACAGAAGCAGCCUCACGUGCAUCUGCCCCGCACUCUACUCAGGUGCUGGCUGUGAGCAGCCUGGCUGGCUGCCGUUUGACUGCUUCGGGGUCUGUGGCGCUCACAGCUUGGGGGGAGAGGGGGAGGGGGAGGAGGGUGGAGAAUAUGCAGGGGACGGGGAGGGGGAGCAACGUGGGGAGAGAGGAGCGGGCGGCGAGUGUGUGGAGGGGGUGUGCAAGUGUGCGAGGGGCACGUUUGGCAUUGACUGUGCGCUUUCCCUCGAUGCCCACGGCGCCACCACUCUGCACCGCCGCAGACCCUUCCUCUGGACCGACGCCAUCCCGCCGCCCUCCCCUGCGCUCGUCUCCGCUGCCCGGCCGAAAAUAUUUGUGUACGAGCUGCCCGGGUACCUGAACACGUGGCAGGGCGUGCUGGGGGCGGGGAGGGGGCGGUGGGAGGGGUACGUGUUUCUGGACGCGCUGCUGACGUCAGCAUGGCGCACUGCUGAUCCCGAUGAGGCUGACCUGUUCUACGUGCCCCUGCUGCUGAGGCACCGAGGCAUAGCAAAGCAGAGUGUGCUGUCGUGGGCCAUCGAGCACAUAAGGGACGCGUGGCCCUACUGGGACCGCCAUGCUGGCGCCAACCACGUCUUCCUUGCCAAUGAUGACUGGGCGGCAUGUGAGGUCGGCGAGGCCGGGCGGCGAGACCCGAUGCUGGCGCGCAGCACAGUGCUGUCGCUGUGGGGGUACUCAGGGAACAUGCCGUUUGAUGCCGCCCUGCCUGGCUGCUUCAUUCCCGGGCAGGAUGUUGUUAUCCCGCCCGUUUUGCUGCCCGAGGUGUAUGAGGCGGCCAUGGGCGUUCAAGGAGAAAACGGGCAGACUGUUGGCCGGGAUAUUUUCUUCUUCUUCUGCGGGUUUGAUGGGCAGGACGUGGAACCACUGUUGGGCUUUAACUACUCGUUUGGGGUGCGGCAGGCCCUGUUUGACUGGUUUGACUCGCUUGACUCUGCUGCUGCUGUGCCCAAGGGGUUUGUCAUAGAGCGCACACCGGGGGAGGGGGAUUUUGGGGAGGGGCAAGGAGGAGUGGGAGGGGAGACUGGGGGAAGGGGAGGGUACUUGGAGCGGAUGGCUCGGUCGGUGUUCUGUCUGGUGGCGGGGGGGUGGGGUGCUGAUGAGACGGCCACUCAGGCGGUGACACUUGGAUGCAUUCCAGUGAUUAUACAACCCAAUGUGAGCAUGCCAUUUGAAGGGGAUGGAUUUUUGGACUGGGACGACUUCUCAGUGAGGCUGACUCCGGCAGACAUCCCCCACCUCCACGGCAUCCUCACCAGCAUCCCCCCACAAGAGCUCGCUCUUAAGCAAGCUGCACUGCGGCGAGUGUGGGUGCACUUUGCAUGGGCAAGUUUGCAGUAUAAUCCCUUUUCUAGAAUCCUUGAUAAGGAGCAAGGCGAGUUGGCACGUGAUGUGGCUUCAGCGGGGGCGUUUAGGAGUGUCAUGAGGGCUUUGGCGCAAAGAAAGCAGUCAGUCAAGUUAAGAUUCUCGAAUUCCUGA